UAAGAGUAAUCUAUUUAGUCAUGAAAUUCACCUCUCUUUUCCCUUCUUUUUCCUCAAUCCUGCACUUGCUAAACAUCAACCUCUAAUCUGCGAAAAAAAUAAGCUCCUUAAUCUUUCGCUGUUUGGUCUUUUGUUUAGUUGUGCACAGCUUUCUUAAAGUUUUAGGAAAGCAGAUUCUUUCCUUAUUGACUAGGGUUUUCAGAGAGGGAGAGGGAGAGGGGGAGAGAGGCCAUUGGUUAGCUAGGUUUUCAAAAAUUUCUUCUAAUCUACCAAUUUAUUCUACCCACAGUGCUUGUGAUUUUGAGAGAGAGUUUCCUGAACCUUGUCGACAAGUUUUGUGUUUGUCUGUGCUGCCUUUUUCUUUAUUGAUUUAAAGGAAUUUCUCAGUAAAAUUUAGUUGAUUUAACUACCUACAUAAGCACAUUGAUCCUAACGACCUCUUUAAAUUACUGAUACUCUUCAUUAUACAUUUAAUAUCAGUUAUUUAAUUAUGUCCACCGAGAGGCGUUAUUUUUCGAGCAGUGUGACACAAACUCACCCAAGAGAUCCAAGAACAGGACCUGGAGUCAAAAUCCCAAGGGGUGCAGACACAAGAAUCAGUUUCAGAUUCUGCAAGGUAUUUGGACGCAGCUGGAUUGAUGCUCCAGACGCCACGGUUUUUGAUGCUCCAAAGUUUGAAGCUAAAAGAGUAAUUACAGUUCUUCUUUCUGCUGUCAGAAAAUCAUCCAAAAGGCGUUAUUACACCAAGAUCAUAGUUGAGAAUCUUUCGAGCAUUGGUGUCCCAUUACAUGAGCAGGACACAAUUAUUGAAAGUGUAUUUACUCUUGCUGAAGUGGCUAUCCCUGGUAUGCCUAUUCUUGUACGGGUUGGGGAGGUGACUGUCUGCCUCUUAGACAGUGCAAGUAAUCUUGGCAUAGGGGAUGUGACCUGCCCCUUAUGGUGCAAUGGACGAUAUGUUGAUGAUCGUCAAGGUAUGUAUCAAAGGCUUGAAAUGGAAGCCAUGUAUUCAGAUGUCCCCAAGCUUAUUCCUGCAACUGAAUCAUCCAUUGAGGGUUUGGAGAAAGUGAGACUUGAUAAUUUGGAAGAUGCUGUUAGACAGAUGCCAUGUACUAUUUGUAUGGAGGGCCUUGAUCACUUUGAUGCUGCAGAAGAAGGGACUGAUCAUCAGCAUAUGAUUGCUUGCUUGCCCUGCUCACAUACUUAUCAUGGAGAUUGCAUUGUCCAGUGGCUCAAGACGAAUUAUGUGUGUCCCUUAUGCCGAUCCCCAAUUGUGGAAGAGGGUGAGCCAUCGAAGGCCCCAUUGAGGCUGCAUUGGCCUAUGCUCAUGAUGUCUGCGGUUGGUAUGCUGACUGCUACGCUCACUCCCAGAUUGUUGAACCGGAGCUAAAGAUGAAAAUAUCAGCAUCUCGUGUAGAUCUUGUGUCAUUGACCAUGUACUUGGCGGUUUAGUUUCUUCAAAGCAUUUGGAUUUUCAAGAGUAGAUGCAAACAGAGUUAGCUUUUAUAUAUAUGUAUGCAUUGUUGGUAUAUGUUCUUUUAUUACAACUCUCUCUCUAUUUUCUAGUACUGUGGAUUUGUGGAUCAAGUAAAAUUGAUCUGAAUAACGUAGUAGUUUUACUUUGUCAAAAGCAUGAGAUUACUUACCUUGGCCAAUCAUAGGGGGAUUUCUUCUGUUUGUUAAGUGCUUCAGUUACUACUAACAGUUUCUUUUGCUGCCACGAGGUCCUCUUGUCUUUACUCUUUCCUUUGCACUUGUUGGCUUGGAUGUUGGUACUUGGUUUACUACUGAAAUUUGCACUUGUACAUGUAUGAUCACACCUCUAGUUUUUUCCAGGAGCUAUGUGAUGCUUGCAAUUGCAGGGCUUUCCCCCUCUAUAUUGAAGUGUAGUCCUGUGGCUUUGAAUUGCAAUGAGCGUGGUCUUGGUCUUGCAAACGGAGCUCCAGAACUAUAUGGAAGCAGGCUACAAAAAGUUUGUGAAAGCUAUGUUGCUCAGCUGCAACUGUGCCAGGUCAAGGAGAUGGUGCUACCCCUUUUGCGUGAAUCAGAGCUGGCACUUACCAAUGAUGUUAUUGAAUCAAUCGUUGACAAGACAAUGAUGGAGGCAGCUUUAAAAGGAGAUGGAAAAAUUGAUCAAGAAGAGUGGAAGGAAUAUGUGGCAAAACAUCCAUAAAGAAUAUGACUCUUCCAUAUCUACAGGACAUAACAAUAGCAUUUCCCAGCUUUGUGCUCAACACCGAAGUUCAAGAUUAGAUAUGGUUGCAUGGUAAAGAUACCAGAGUACCAGACUGUAGCAAAACCUUUUCUCCGUGGAUGUCUCAACACAUCUAGUAAUGAGGCUCCAUGUCCGAGGCAGCAGUACUGGUACCGGUUGAUUGAGAGGCAUCAGCCACAAAUAUAUAUAUAUGGCAAUGGCUCCGGGUGGAUCAUAAUGAAUCCUCCAUCGGUCUCAGCCUCAGGCACAACAUCAACCCACGCCUGAGUACGGUACAAAGAAAUUAGACGCAUGCACAUUUAUUAACACGAUUUGAAGGAAGAAACAAUUGAAUCAACUGCAUGGAUUUGUAACUGAAAUUAAUAAACUUGUGCUAUUCAUACUAAUUAAGUUAACAGAUAGUAGUGCGUAAAUUAGAUGAGGUUACUUCAUCUAAAUGAACGGAUUUAACAAAAACCUGACAAAGUUAGUACAUCUAUGAAGUAUGAAGUUAUCAAGCAA